AUGUCUUUUCCCUUUGGAGAGAUGUUAUCACAUCACGAGGAAAGCUGGGGAUGUUCAUCCCUCGUUCAACUAUUCUGCUUUGAUAGCAUAUGGAACACGCAGAAAGUAAGCUUGUUAAAGAGUAGUAUAACAACUGCUAAUAAAACAUUAUUGAGUGGAAAAGAAGAGAAGCAGCAUGAUGAGUGCCCGUGGACAAGUCUCCCAGAUGAUAUCAUGGAACUGAUAAUGAAGCGUUUGUGCCUCGAAGAUUGCCUUGGAUUGCGUGAAAUAUGCACCCCUUGGAGGGAUACCGUUGCUAAUGCCAUUGCAAACAAGCAUUGCCACCCAUUGCCUGAACUGCCAUUGCUUGUCCUCUUCAACCCAUUGCUUAAACUGCCAGUGCUUGGCCUCUUCACCCAUUGCCAACCAUCCCCAGUUUUCAGCUUGAGGACAGAAGGUCUACUUUAUCCCAAAAGACGACUAUUAGAGACAUUGCAGACCAUUCGAGGCUCAGUUGAAGGAUGGAUGAUUGUGAGUGAAUAUUCUAAUUUGCUUAGUCUUAGUCUUAGUCUAACCAUUUUCUUCUUCAAUCCAGUAACUAAUGCUAAAGUCUUUGUCCCAUCAGUGUUAAAAUUCCCAUCCAACUCUCCCCUUCAAGCUGAUAAGUUGUUGCUGAAAAAAAUGGUAGCCUCCUCCAAACCCGAUUGCUUGGAUUGUUUUUUGGUUGGUCUCUUCAGUGAUUAUUGUCACAUUAGAUUUUGUAGACUUUCUGACAAGUCAUGGACUACAAUUGAAGCAGAUAAGGAUACCGGGGUUCAUUUUAUGGAUGUGGAAAUUAUUGAUACGAAAUUGUAUGCUACAACUUCCAAUUCCAUAUUGGUUUGGGAUUUGCAAGAUUCGAGUGAUUACCCUCCAAAGCCUAAAUUAUUAGCUACGGUUCCACCAAGGCCACGAGUAAUAUCAACUGUAACUGGUAGCCAACGUUUUGACAGGGGUAUAGUCUACGACAGCCUAGCCAAAGACGAUGCAUUAGGAGAUUUAUUCCUCAUUCACAUGUUCAUUAACGUAGCUUAUGAAACACGGCAUGUUGGUUAUUUGAACAUUGUCACCGAAUUUGUUGCCCCGCUUGAGCUGACCAGAGUUGAAGUAUUCAAGUUGAACACAAGUAAUGAAACUAAUCAGUGGAUCAAGGUUGAUAAUUUGGGGGACCUGGUGUUGUUUCGUGACAGUACUAAGUGCAUGGUAAUGUCAAGGGCCUCUCUUAAUAGUUCUGAAGAGUUAAUUAAAGAAAAUAGUAUUUAUUUUGGUCUUAGUUAUGCAUGUGCUGGAGACCCAUCGAAGAGCAUUCAAUUGGGGAUGAUUUGCUUGACUGAUAACAGCAUCAAAUAUUUUACUCUGGAGAAAUCAAGUCCUCGCCCUCUUCCUUUUUGGUUUGUACCAAGUGUUUGA